UCAGUGUCAGAAGUGUUUACCCAGAGUUGCCAAUCCUUACGGAAUACUGUAUUAAUGAGAUGUGUUCUAAUGUAAAUUCAGUGUUUACUUCCCGAUUGAAUGACUAAGCGAAAAACUUUUGUUAACAUGUUUUGUCUCGUAAGAAAACAUUUGGCUCAGCCGUUUGGUUAUUCACAUUGUAAUUUCUUAUCUGAUUAUUCUGUACUGGUUGGCAUCUCUGUUUACCUACCCUCCCCCUUCCCCAUAAACACACCUCUUUCCCCACCCCCUCUCUUACCCCAUCAACAAGCUCAAUCCAACUUCCAGCCAAUCAGAAUGCACUACUGAUGAUGAUGUCAUAUCCCGGUAUUAGCAGCUGAGCUAGCCUCAUUAGCGAGAUCUCUGAAAAUAUCCAAUUUCUGUUUUGUGAAGUUUUAUUUUAAGAAAAAUCCACUGUCAAGAAAACAGGAAGAUCCAGCUCCUUCAUAAAAAAAAUGGAUUGGAGCUUAACACGUGGUAGGAGAAAGCAACCUUCUUCCGUGAUAACCUGCGAGGAUUGCCAGCCGUCUGAGGAUGAUGGACCCAUACCAGGGCUACUGGUCAAGGAUACACUGACCGUUGUAACACCCAGCGGAGAAUGUAAGAUUGAACUGUGCCUUGGGGAUAUCACCAAGCUCCCUCAACAGGACAAGGUGGAUGUCAUUCUCAUCUCUGCAUAUGGAGGUUGCUACAGUAAAGGUGUGGGUGUGAUGGGCGCCCUCUACAGGCAGAUGGACAUGGAUGUGUAUCAGCUUGCCAAGUCUCACAAGGAGGAAGACCUUCAAGAUCUUUAUUCCUGCUGGUGGACCAAACCUCUACCAGAACACCUGCCUUAUAAGAGACUGCUAUGCUUUGAGACCAGAGGCAGUACAACCUUCUCAGGGGUCACGGGCUAUGAUCUCAACAGAGGAGCGAAAGGACGCCCCUCGGAGCUGGUAUCCCAUGCAUUCCGGUGCCUGGUUCCAAUCCUCAACAAUCAAGAUGGAACGGUCAUCACACCGUUACUCAAUUCUGGUAGUCAGGGUUGCGAUGAGUGUGAGAUGCUGCAAGGGAUGGUAGAGAAUGCUGUCAACUGGAUGAAAGCCGGUCUUCCUCUCCGUCUCCUGAAGAUAGUGAUUUACUCUAAGGUGAUGAGCAGAACUACUGCAUCAAUGAUCCUACAGAGAGCCGAUGGAACUGAGAUCCUUGAUCUAUUUUCUCAACUCAAACAGAGACUAGAAACCAAAAGUCCCAUUCCAAAGGAAGUGAAGCUAGACUAUGAUAUCUACCUCUCCUUCAGUCCCAAAGACCAAUCCACGGUAGACUCUAUACAGACUGCUCUGCGAACCAUCAAACCUGACAUCCGUAUCUACUUAUCGAAUCAAAAGCUUGAUGAGGAUGCCAUCUGGCAGAAUGAUAUCUAUGCAGUCAUGACCAAAAGUGCUCGAGUCAUCACAGUCUUAAGUCCAAACUACCUCGGCUCACCGGACUGCCUUGAGCAGUACAAUAUUGCCCUAUGCUGUAACAGACAAUCCUACCGAGACAUAUUAGCUCCAUUCUACAUCGCUACUGUGACGUUACCAACAUACAUGGGCUUAGUCCAGUACUCAGAUUGUAGAGAUGAUCCUGAGGUGCAAAUCACCAACACUUGCCAGCAGCUGAUCAAAUCUCUACCGCCCUCCACCCAGGAGAGUAGCCCAGAGGAUGGUACAACCACCACCAUUGCGCAGGAGAUUGAGGAUGAUGAGCCGUUCUGUUAUGAUGUCUUUGUAUCCUACUCUCACUGCGACUCGGAGGCUGCCAAUUACAUCGUUGGUGUUCUUAAAGAGCUGGACCCUACUUUGAGGGUAUUCUAUGACAUCCAGGAGCUGAAGACGGGUCAUGCAUGGCAGCAGACAUUAUAUCACUCUAUAGAUGGUUCUCGGUCUAUGUUGGCUGUGCUGUCCAAUAACUAUCUAAGAUCAGCUGUGUGUCAGGAAGAAUAUAGCCUUGCUCAGAUGAAACACCUGGCCCAGGACAAGCUGAAGCUAAUACCUCUGCGCAUAGAAGAACUUGAGAAAGAAGAGAGCUCAUUUACAGAGGUUGCCAUGGUAACAGCCACACCCGAUGUCUUCAAAGUUGCUGCUGAUACCGUUUGCCAUAGUCUUGUUUCAUGGCUACAUGGCAAGACAGGGGCCAAAUCAGAUUCUGUGGAAGGUCUUUCUAAUCUCCUUGCUGAAGCUGCUGUGUCAGAUAGACUUAACAUAGAAAACUUGAUGGAAGUUCAUCGAAAGAAGACCUUCAAAAAUGAAUACAAGACGGUAUCACUGCCUCUCAAGGAUGUGUUCCCUCCAAAGUGCUUCAUCUCAGAAAUGGACGAAGACAAAGCAAAAUACCACGAGGUCACAGGCGAGGUCAUCCUCAGCUUCCACCCUCAUGAUGAAAAAUUUGCACUCUCUUUCAAGAGUCUCUUGGAAUGGGCGGCCCCCAAGGUGGUGGUCUUGGUUGAUGCACCCAGUGAUCAGGAACGACUUCAUCAGCUGGACAAUGCAAGGCAUAUCGUAGCAUUCCUCUCGCCCCAUUACGUGGAGUCACCCAAGCAUGUCGAGGAGUUCCACAUCGCCCUAUGGAGACAGAGGGUUAGUCCAGUUCAGGCACCACUUCUACUCCCAGUCAAGGUUCUCAAGUUAGCAUGGAAACCCACAUACUUUCAGCUGGUUGGAAGCAUGAUAGACCUUUGGGAUGCCAUGUGGCCCUCUCUGGAUACCAGCUUCCCUAGGACUGGCUGGCUGAGAUCUGAGGAGCUUCUGGUUUCCAGGAGUACCUCCUUGGCUCUGAUGGAGCUGGGAAGGAUCACUAUAGAGAUCAUACAGACAGCAAAGAAUUUACCUGAGGAGACAGAGCUCAAAGUUAGACCAGCCCUUCUCAACCCAGUCCAAGUAAAAGCUGAGAUUAAGGCCCUGGCCCAAGCUACUAAGAAACAUACUUGGGGUCACAGGUCAAGUGAUAGCACCCUCAUGGACUGUACUUGCAUUGUUUGUCAACGGACGCAAAAAUUAUUCAAGAACGCUAAGAUAUCAACCUGAAAAUGUAUGGAAAGUAUAGUGAAUUCUUAGGAGUUGGUUUAUAUUCAGUCAAUUUAUAUUCGAGUCACCUCACAUUUGAAGGCACUAAUUAGGAAAAAAGUUAAUUUAAUACUUCUGUAAAAUGCUAAAUCGAAGGCAGCCGAAAUGUGUCAAAGUCCAAUGAAUUUGCCAAUUUUAUGAUCACUUGCUUUUAGUGAUCUUUCAAACAUCUACAAAUCCUGAUUAUCUAAUUCAUUGUUCAAAAUUUCACUCUUCUCUUUCUUUUCUUCUGCUUCCUUUACACUGACUGGAGUUACAAACUAACACCAGCACUCGAAAUAAAUUUGCAUAAAUAUUUUCUGAGGUCAAUCCCAGCAUCAGCCUCAUUUCAAGUACAUUAGAUGAUAAAGUGAUACAGUAUGCACGAUACAAGAACAGGAUAUAUUAUUGUUGUUGUUAUGUUUGUGCCAAGCUGGUUAACGCACAAUCUUAUCCAUUUUGCAAUUUUUCCCCCUGUACAAAGGCAUCUGUUAAUGUCUGCAUAAAUUUCACUCAUUUGACUCUAGACAAUGCACAUAAACGUUACUACAGCACUUAAGUACUGAGUUUUAAAAGCAAAACUUAAAUUUUUAAUUGAAAUAUUGCAGAAAAGAAUGUGCCUAUUUAGACCUUGAGAGCCUUCUAUCAUUUAUAAUGUUUUCUAAUUUUUUAUAUCAGAAGAAUGAAGAUUUUUUAUGGAAAGGCUUCUAUUUUAAAGGCUGUGCACAAAGAAAUAUGAUCAGAUUUUUGUAAAAGCAUGAAAGUAUAUAUACAUAUAUAUAUUUAUGGUAUGAAAACCAUUUUUAGGAGUUGGGAAGUCCUUUCACAUCAAAGUAUGAUUUUUAUAUUGUAUUACAUUAUUACCAUGUACUUGGAGAUGAACGUAUUAUUUUAUUAAGUCCACCACUCCACAGCUUAGAGACUGUCGAAGUAACUAUUUUGAAGGUUUAUGUGACUCUUCUCUGGAAUUAUUCCUGAAAUAUUUGAAGGAAAUAACAAUGCCUGAUUGGAAUUUCAUAACUGAACCUAUUAUCUGCUUGUUGAUAGAUUCUUGCCAGUAGUUUUGUGUAUAACCCUGUCUUUCAUAAAAUCCUUGAUUCCAAUUUACUGAAUGUUUUGUAUUUUUAUAUGAUAACAUUUUUAGUGUGAUGUGUUGUGUAUAGCUAUCUAGCUGUGAUGUACAGUAUAAAGUAUAUUAGCAGGAUUUGUACUAGUACUUUUGACCUAGAGGUUUUGAGAAUGUUUCAUUUUAAUCCUUUGAAUUUUGUUGUUUUAAUGUACAUGUAUCUCUUUUUACCAGGUUGUCAAUGUCAGUUAAUGUUAACCAUUCUUUGUUCCCUUCCAAGAGGAAAAUGAUACCCCCACCCCUUGCAAUAAAUUAUUUUGCUAUUACUUUUCUCAUUCACUCCAACAUACUCUCCUAUACCAGGGAGUAGAGUUUGGCUCUGUAUUCGUCAUUCACCUCUGGCAUAGGUUUACCUACUUGUUCAAUAUCAGCGAGUUUUAUUUUACAUAACUUUAUCAGAAUAUGUAAAAAUUAAGUAAAAAAAAAUACUGUUCCUAGUGAGAUUUCUAUUUUAUUAGAAGUCAGGAAUGAAAGGAGCAAAAUUCUGCCCUCAGUAAUCUGGGGAGCGUUUCAUCAACAUUUUUCAUGUGAUAAGUUAUCAGAUCCGACAGCCCCCCCCCCCUUGUUAAACGUUGGGCAUGAUAGACAUUUUUCAUGUGAUAAGUUAUCAGAUCCGACAGCUUCCUUCCCCCCCCCCCCCCCCCCCGAGUUAGAUUGCCCGAGACACCCAGUUCCUUUGGUAACUGUCAGAUAAAACAGGACUUGUCGCAUAAAACGUCCUUCCAAGGAACACUCCCCUGAACUUGAUUGUGAAGAGGCAAUAGGUGGCUUUAUUUGUCUCUCCAUUUCAUCAUCCCUUGUUGGGAAGGGGGGGGGGGGCAUGUCUGUGUAGGGGGAACUGUAAACUUCCAAGAUCCUGGCCCUAAAACAGGUUGCUGCGUGUACCUUGUUAAGCGUAGGGCAUGAAGUCAUCAUAUUGAAAAUUCCUGAUUGACUUUGCUACACAUGCAGCCACCAUUCAGCUAUCCUGCAUCAUUUCCCCUUUUCCUUCUGUUAGUUACAGAAUUGCUGCGAUAUAAAGGCCACAAUCUUCUACAAUUUUUGUAUAAUUAUUAUUAUAGGUUGGAAUGAAACUUGUAUUGACCCUCACUGCCCUUAAAACAAGUGCAAGUGCAAGACAUAAUUUUAACGUUGUACGUUUGUAGCAGAAAGCUUUCUUUUUAUUUUACUCUUCAACUUUGUCAACAGAAGUAUCAAAAUAUUGUUUGAAUGAUCUAAAUGCCUGUUAUCAGUAGUGUACGUAGAAAGGAGUGAGGAGUACAGUCUGACUGAGCCAAAUUAAACGGAUUAAAGAAUUUGAUUGUAUACACUGAAAGUAGUCAUCCUGCAAGGGUAUGUGCAAAUGUAAUACAAAUUUGAUUUAGGGUAUAUUAUGCAGAUUACUUAUUAGUAUAGAAUUUCAGUCAUAACCAUAAUUCAAUUUUUUUGAAACAUUGAUGGUCUCAUAAACACAAGUUUGAAAAAAUGAUAAGUGGAAAAUGAAAGGUUAAUUUUUUCAUGUGAUAGUCCUGGAUAGGAACAGAUGUAUUUAGUGCAUUUUUUUUUUGUUAUAUAUGUAGUAUGAUUAUUAAUGUAUUUCUCUAUACCUCUUGAACUGUAUAGAAAUGUAUGCAAUAUAUGCAAUCUUGUAUUGUCAAUAAAGUGUGAAUUUCAUUUAUAAAUAAUCUUUCCUGUUGUGAUUUUCUAUUUGUAGUAUGAACACUUUGUUUUUGUAAUAUUCUAGAAUUUUCAAUUUAAGAUCAUAUUGGUAAUUUCCCUGGAUAAAAUUUUUGUAUUGGCUUUCAAAGUUGACAGGUUUGUGAUAAGGAAAUGAGCCUGAAAGUAACCAUCAUAAAAAAUUCUGCUUACUGAGUGCAAAAUAUGGGUUGACUAAUGAAGAUAUCAAGACAGAUGGAAUAUGUAGAAUUAUCAUUGUUUUGAUAGUGAAAAACAACUUUGCACACAUCAAUGACAAAAACCUUGAAUGAAAAACAAAAGUGAUUGUCAUAUCAUCAGCUCAUUAAUUUGCAUACAUCUUACGUUAGAUCACAAUUUCAUAGAAUGCAAAGAUUCCAAAUGUUCUUAGUCAUUUUUUCAUCCCAAUUUUGAUUAUUCAUGUUUUGUUUUGCAUGCUUGAUGUUACCCUAUUAAGUAAACUUAAAUAAAAAUGUGAUCAACUGGGUGGUAUAGUGAACAGCGUGAACAAGCUUUAUAACUUGCAUAAUAUGUUACUUGAGUUAACACACAGCUAAAAUGCUCAUAAUUCUGUAUAAUGAAAACAGUUUUUAACAGUUUUACAACUAACAAGCUUAAGAGCCACACCCACCAUACAAAUUGUAUCCAAGUAGAAAACUUGUUAGAAUCAACAUCCAAAUGAUUCAACCAAUGGGAGCACUCCUAAGUUCAAAAAAGGAGAUCAGGGUCCCGUCUUACAAAGAGUUACGAUUGACGUAAUCAAACUCAACCCUGUGGAAUCCAUCAAUGUCAUAGGCCCGAAUUCACAAAGGUAGUUUUAAAAACCCACGAUUGAAUCCAUGGUUUAUGCAGAU